AUGCCCGAGCUUCUCACCAAAGCGUAUAAAAACGGAGCGCAGGGACACAAGAAAAGUCCCAAGAAGAAAGCCCUUAUCAGGGCUACAAAUUUCAAUAAGAACUGCCGCUCCAGUUCUCGUUCGGCGUAUUUUCGAAAAGCCAGCUACGUCUACGAUGAUCUGAUGGAAAAGCGCCAGUACUUCAACAACAUGCUUCCAGAAAUGUCUGUAAUGGAGCCAGUGUUUGGCCGAAGAAAAGCCACCCUGAGAAGACGACUUCAAAACUACAUCCGAGCAAAUCGCCGUUCAAGUGUCUAA